CACUUAACUCACAUUAAGCUGCCUCCUGUUUGUCUUAGGUAGUAUCGCAAUUUGAUCCUGGUUUGCGGUCUCUGGAUCCCAUAGCCUAGAAUCCACUGAAAGAAAUCUGUAAUCUGUAGUAAUUUGUUGUCGGUCCCUAAGCGGUAAGCGGUGGUCUGCGGGGCUGUGGACCUGAAAUGGCCGUCUUUCGACUGCUUAUAGCGUAUACAGUAAAACAAGGCUGCGGCAUCUGGAGGCACCGGACAUAAAUUGGAAAUGAAUGUAUUAUCAGAAAAACGACGAUGAAGGGCGAAAGUUUCAGACUCCUUUUCAUCUUCAUCGUCAUUGGCUGUGAUGGUUUCCUGCUACACGGCUCUGCUGGUCCUCUAACAGCCCGGCCGGGAGGAGCUGUACUGCUGCCCUGCUUUGUGGACAGACCCCUGCCUUUGGAGGAGCUGGAGGUGGACUGGAGAAGGACUGAUUCAGACACCAUCGUGCACCUAUUCCAGGAUGGUCAGACCAGACCUGAAUCACAGGGGGAUGCCUACAGGGGCAGAGUGCACUUCUUCUCUCAGGAAAUCCCCAAAGGCAACUUCUCUCUGCUGCUUGAGGGUGUGAGGACUGCAGAUACAGGACUAUACAAGUGUGUGGUUUAUACAGAGCAGGAGAACCAUGAAGCACGGGUGGAGAUACAGGAAGUAGAGCGGCUGGUGGUGACGGGUGCAGAUGAGCCUGUCUAUGCACAUGCUGGAGAGGAUGUGACUCUCAGCUGCUCUGUGGACACCCAUGUUAAUGUGACAGAGCUUCAGGUGAAAUGGAUAAAGACAGACGAUGACGGUGACAUCAUGGUGCUUCUGUAUGAUGAUGGAGAGAACAGACCAGAGUCUCAGGAUGGGAGAUACUCUGGAAGAGCUGAAUUCUUCACUGAGGAAAUUCCCAAAGGAAACUUCUCAAUGAAUCUGAGGAAAGUCAGGCUGGAAGACAAAGGAGAGUUCAGGUGUGAAGUCCACUCAGAUACUGAUUCUGCCAGUACAACUGCCAGGAUAGCAGCACUGGGUUAUUCAUCCCUGCAUUGGCUGAUUCUGGGGCUGUGCAUCGCUGUCACACCUGUAGAACUACUUACUGGUGCUUUAUCUGUCAGGAAUUUAGAUAGUAAAAACAGACAGGCUCUGUUGUGUCACUGGUCACAUGUCACAGUUCCACCAAUCAUGGUUUCAUCAGCAUUCAUCCUGUGGGGUAUAACUGAAGGAUCCGCAGGAGAGGCUGUUACUUGUGCUGUCAUCAGUCUGAUGAAUAUCCUGCUGCUGUUUAUUAUGGCUCCAUAUGUGGACUCAACAGGCAAGGUGGGUUACACUAGAUUCACGAUCUUGGCUAUAGGAAGCCUCAUCAACAUCACAGCUGUAUGUGCAGGUUCUCUCAUUGAGUUUGCAGCAAAAUACUCCUCAAGUCCAGCUGAGAAAGGAGCAUUUAGUGGGAUUUUGGGUGAAAUCUUAUUUUUGCUCAUCUUUUUUAUUAUAUUCCGAAUUCUUCGCUUUGUGCUUUGGAUGAAAGAAUACCCAAUGAAAAUAAUUAACUAUAUUACAGGAAUAACUGGAAUUAUAUUUCUGAUCAUCACAGUUUCUUCCACAAUCGUAGUCAGUGUUUAUCUGGCAAAAUAUUACUCAGAUGCAGCUUGGAAAGAACAACUUGGAACAAUUUUAACUAUGUUAAUGUUUCCAGUUCUCAUUGUUUCAUUCCCAGCUGCUUUCAGUGUGGUUUGGAUAGUGCGCUCCCUUAAGACAACUGAAAAAGUAGAACUCAGAGAAAUUCUUGUAAUCUGGGGAUAUUUCAUCUAUGAUCCCACACUUUUUAACACGCUCAUCCUAGCUAUUUAUUCUCAUCUCUAUGCCUGGAUGCAAAACACAUUCAUAUUAGGAUAUUCAAUUUCAGUUGCAGUAGCUGCCUUUGGAUUAAGUUCCUUCAAACGUAUUAGGGAUUUUUUGUGGCAUUAUAAAAUGUUUUUGGAGGGAUUUCACUCCGAACCCCGUAAAUAUGCAUAUUUCUUAGGGGCUUUUGGUCUCCCUCUCCUGAAUUCUGUUGCUCUGGCUGUAGCAUUAAAAUUCAAGGCAGACACAGGAAAACAGUUACUGGAUCUACGGCUGAUUGUCCUGAAUUCUGGGUCUGUCUUCCUCUUUGGCUGGAUUGUUAUACAGAUGUCUGCAUACUGGUUGGCGAGAAAGGAAAAGUGAGUAGAGAUUUUUAUAUGUAGUACAUGUACAAGCCUUUUUAAAAAAAAAAUGGUAGAAAUGUAGAAGAAAAAUCCAUUCUGAUGAGCCUGGAAACUGUCACAGGAAGCACAAGGCAGGGGACACCCUGGGCAGGAUGCCAGUCCAUCACAGAGCAAACACACAUUCACUUACGAUGGGACAUUUAGUGAGGUGUGAGGUGCCAGUGUUACCCACUGAGUCACCAUGUAAACUACACAGAGCCCAAGCCGGGGGGUGUGAGGUGCCAGUGUUACUCACUGAGUCACCAUGUAAACUACACAGAGCCCAAGCGGGGGGGUGUGAGGUGCCAGUGUUACUCACUGAGUCACCAUGUAAACUACACAGAGCCCAAGCCAGGGGGUGUGAGGUGCCAGUGUUACCCACUGAGUCACCAUGUAAACUACACAGAGCCCAAGUCGGGGGGUGUGAGGUGCCAGUGUUACCCACUGAGUCACCAUGUAAACUACACAGAGCCCAAGCCGGGGGGUGUGAGGUGCCAGUGUUACCCACUGAGUCACCAUGUAAACUACACAGAGCCCAAGCCGGGGGGUGUGAGGUGCCAGUGUUACCCACUGAGUCACCAUGUAAACUACACAGAGCCCAAGCUGGGGGGUGUGAGGUGCCAGUGUUACCCACUGAGUCACCAUGUAAACUACACAGAGC